CUGGCCAGUGUGUUGGAGAGAGACCGCUACUGGUGAACCAGCGCGGGGUUUUCAGACUCAGGGAUCGUGCAGAUCUGCUAGAUCUGGGUCCAGAGAGUCCCAGUGAUGGGCUGAGCCUGGUCACGCCCCGCUGGGGUGUCCCAGAGGAGCCAGGAAUUGAAAUGCUUCAUGGAACCACCACUCCGGCCUUCAAGUUCCACCACGGAGUCAUAGUUGCAGCUGACUCCUGAGCUACAGCGGGUGCUUACAUUGCCUCCCAGACGGUGAAGAAGGUGAGAGAUCAACCCCUACCUGUUGGGCACCAUGGCUGGGGGUGCAGCAGAUUGCAGCUUCUGGGAGCGGCUUUUGGCUCGGCAAUAUCGAAUCUAUGAGCUCCAAAAUAAGGAGCGCAUCUCUGUAGCAGCUGCCUCUAAACUGCUUGCCAGUAUGGUGUAUCAGUACAAAGGCAUGGGGCUGUCCAUGGGCACCAUGAUCUGCGGCUGGCAUAAGAGAGGCCGUGGCCUCUACUGUGUGGAUAGUGAAGGGAGCCAGAUCUCUGUAGCUUCUGGCUCUGUGUAUGCUUAUGGAGUCAUGGACCGGGGCUACUCGUAUAACAUGGAAGUGGAGCAGGCCUAUGAUCUGGCCCGUCGAGCCAUCUACCAAGCUACCUACAGAGAUGCCUACUCAGGAAGUUCAGUUCAACCUCUACCACGUGCGGGAGGAUGGCUGGAUCCGUGUCUCUAGUGACAAUGUAGCUGAGCUACAUGACAAGUAUAGGGGACUUAUUCCCUGAAGGAGGAUGGAUAUGGC